AGAACAGCCCAAGGAUAUGGAUGGGAAUACAGAAUCAGGUCUUUCGAGAGGGCUCCGUGCUAAAAUAGUGGGUUGCCAUGAAGUUGAGCCUAUGAGUUCGCAAUUGGUUAAGAUCAGAGUGGAAGGGCAUAAGAAGGAGCUAUCACCGUCUAUUUUCACGCCCAAUAACAAG